GUUUGAAAAGAUGAAUAUUGAGUGUCCUAACCUAUUACAACGUAUUAAUACAGCAUACGUUAUAUGAGUUUCUACAAUGUUAUUUAUCUUUUGACGUUUCUAAUUGAAAAACAUCCGCCGAUCUUUAAGAAGUUAACGCAAAAGUGCUAAAAGUAAUUUAAAAAAUGCAUCCACCUAGAGACUUCAUAUUGCAAGGUGGAAAUACUGCAUUUGCAAACAGGCAAAAAUUACUGUUUGAUAAGUUGUCAGAUGCAGAGCAAGAAUGUAAUAAGAAUAAAAUGGUCACUGAAUCCACAGAUGUGGAAAUAGAUAUUGAUGAAUCAAAUAAAACUCAAAUACUAAGAGCUGGUCAGAAACGUAAAAGUGAAACAAAAAAAUUUCGUGGUAAAGAGAGUAUCUUUAAACGUCCAGAAGGUCCAGCACCACGUGCUCUUAGUAGAAGUAUACCAGAUUUUCACAAGAACCCUCAUAAAUGGAAGAAAUAUAGUUUGGAUGAUGUAUCAAAUGAUGAUAUGACAGAAGAAAGCAAUACCAGGGCUGCAUUGUCAUUUUUGAAAGAACUAAAGGCAAGAAGAUCAAUGGAAAAAGCAGAAAAAUCAGAAAAAAUGGAUAUUGAACAAUCUGGUUCAGUGGAACAAAAUCAAAGAAAAGUAGUAUUUAAGCCCAGAAAAAUUAAGACAACUUCAGAUGUUGAAUUUAAGAAACCUGAGAGCAGUGCAGAUAAAAUAAGUAAUAUACCAGUUAUUGUUGAUCAUGAUGAUAAACCUAUCUUUAGGAGUAGUAAAGUUAUUAUGCCAGAAUAUGUUGUUGGACAAAAACACAAGAAAAAAAAUAAAAAGGAAAAGCACAUAGAGAAAGUUGACCGAUUAAAACAACUGAAAUUAGAUCAUUUAGAAGAAGCUGAUGAAGAUGAGAAUUGA